AUGGAAUUCUUGGGUUUUGGAGGCUCUACAGCUGUUGAACUGGAUGAUGAGGGUGAUGAGGGUGAUGAUGAUGAUGAUGAUGAUGAUGAUGACGAUGAUGAUGUCUUUGUCGUUGUAAACGUGUCUAAUGUAUUGCUUGACAUUAAAGAAAAGUCGAUGUGGCACUUCACUUCCCGUGACUCCCGUGCUGUGCCGCAAUGCCAGGUGAGUUCUGUGAAAAUUUGUAUCUGGUGCCUGAAGCUUGAGCAGAUUGAGGAUAGUGAAAAUGAUUGA